UUUUAAUCCUUCUCUCUCUCUAUUCUCUCUCUCCUUUUCACUCUUUUCUCUCUCUCCAUCCCUUUCUCUCUCUAAAACACAUUGAUACCAAAAACACCCGAAUCGAGUCUUGUUCAUUCACUGUGUCUCUAUUUCUAUUUCUCCUUCACUCUCCCGCAGCGCCAUGAUUCCCGCCAACCUAUUUCAUCCGUUUGGCACUUUUUAAAACCCUAAUCUUUAACCGUCUUUCCCAUUUCAUCACUCUAGAUAACAGAAGAAAGAAAAGGAGAAACGAGGGUCUGGAUUUAUGUCCCUCAAUCAAUCCAGGUCUGACAGGAGCGAGGCCCAGUUAAGGAAGCCUGGUCGAUCCGGAAGCUCCGGUCAGCAGAGGAACUUCUCAAGUGGUGGUGGGAAGGGCGGCGGUGGGACCGCCCCUCCACCCUCUUCUUCGAGUAACUUAUCUUCUUCGUUGUCUUCGAAUCGAAGUUUUAAGAAGUCUAGCAAUGGACACGGAGGUCAAUCUAGGGUGAGCGCGGGAAGUGCAAAUUUAGAAUCCAAUGCUUCUGCUGACCGUCCAGUGCAGAAUGGGGCCUGCGUACAACCCCCAUUACAUGGUGUGCAAGAUGCACCAGUUUCAAGUGCUCCCUCGAAGUCUACUGACUCGUCUAUUUCAAGAAGUACCCGAACUGCACCUGUGCCAAAGGUUCCAUCAUCUCAAACGGUGGCUUCUGGAGGUUCCGAUUCAAAUGCACCGAAAACACCUGCCAAAGAUGUGUCUAGGACAUUCCCCCUUCAAUUUGGGUCCAUAAGUCCUGGUUUUAUGAAUGGGAUGCAGAUACCUGCUCGAACAAGCUCAGCUCCCCCAAAUUUGGAUGAGCAGAAAAGAGACCAGGCACGGCAUGAUUCUUUUAGAGCUGCUCCUACGAUGCCAAUUCCUUCUGUUCCUAAGCAGCAAGCGAGGAAGGACGUGGGUAGCGYUGGCCAGUCAAAAGCUGGGGAGUCCCAUCCCUCUUCCCAGAUCAAAAGGGAAAUGCAUGCUCAGGUUCCAUCUGCACCUGCUACCGUGGCAACACAGAAAUCUUCUAUUCUUCCCAUGACUGGAAUGUCUAUGCCAAUGCCAUUUCAACAGCAACAAGUUCCUAUACAAUUUGGUGGACCCAAUCAACAAAUUCAGACACAGGGUUUGUCCACUACUUCAUUGCAAAUGCCAAUGACCUUACCAGUUGGAAAUGCCUCUCAAGUGCAACAACAGGUGUUUGUUCCAAGCCUUCAAUCUCAUCCAUUGCAGCCUCAAGGGAUAAUGCAUCAAGGCCAGAGCCUUGCUUUCACUCCUCCGAUGGGUCAUCAGCUAGCUCCUCCGUUGAGCAGUAUGGGAAUUGCGAUUACCCCUCAAUUCACACAACAGCAAGCUGGAAAAUUUGGUAGUACUCGUAAAGCUGUUAAGAUUACUAAUCCUGUAACUCAUGAGGAGUUGAGGCUUGAUAAAAGGACAGAUUCUUAUUUAGAUGGUGGGUCAUCAGGCUCAAGGUCUCAUCCUAAUGUUACACCUCAAUCCCAGCCCAUUCCGUCUUUUAAUCCUCCUCACCAAAUAAACUACUAUUCUGCAAUGCCACCUAAUUCUUACAAUCCCAUCUUCUUCCCUACUCAAACAUCUCUUCCUCUAUCAACUAGUCAGAUGACUUCUGGUUCUCCAGGAACGAGAUAUAACUAUACAGUUGGUCAGGGUCCACAAACUGUUUCAUUUAUGAACACUUCUGGUCUUAAUUCUACUAAGAUUUCCCCCCCGAUGCAGAACACUACUGAACCAACAAAGUUGGAAUAUGCUCAUGAUACUGUUAUAUUAACAUCGUCUGCUCCAUCAGCUCCAGUUCCAGUGACAGUAAAGCCAUCUUCUCGUCCACUUGGGGAAAAGGUUGGAUCAUCUUCAACUGUAGUUGGCAAAAGUGAAACACCAAAAAUUUCCAUUACUUCACCUGUUGUAGGAAAAUCUGAAUCAUCAAAACCUUCGAGACUACCAAUAGAAGCUAGGUCAGUUCAUCCAGAAAGGGACUUAGAUGGUAGUUUGGAGAACUCCAUUCAGCAGAAACCACUUUCUUCUGCUACUGCUGCCUCUCCUGAGGAAUCCUUGUCCACUAUGACCAAUACUGAAGGCAAAGGAAAAGAGACCAUUAGAAGGUCAGACUCUAUCAAGGACCAUCAAAAGAGACAGAGCAAGAAAGACAUGCGACAUUCUCAACCCCAAAAUCAGGUGCAGGCAGAUGCCUCUGAUUUUGCUAGUAUCUCAGAGUCCUCUUCAUCAAGGAUUUCUGGGGAAGUUUCCCAACACCCUAAGGAUAUUCAAUCUCCUCCUUCAGAAGUUGGUGGAUCAUAUUUGAGUUCUUCUUCUUUGCCAUUAGAUGACCGUAGUAUUUUGAGGGAUGGAGUUUCUGAAACUGUAGGAGGUAAAGUAGAAACUCAAACUUUAUCAGAAUCCUCUGGAGAAUUAUUAGACACAGUACGGGAACAGGUGCCUGAUAGUUAUGCAGGGAAUGUUGAUGCUUCUGAAUCAAUGAUAAGUAGUGUUCGAAUUGGUGAGGGAUCAUCCUAUGAACCAUUGGACACAUCUGGUGUUGGCACUGAAUUACCUGAAGUGACCAAACAAGGUAACAACAAUUUUGAAACUCACGCAGGAUAUAGUUCUUCAGAAUCCCUGGAAACAACUAAACAAACUGAGCAGAAGGGUUCCAGUUUGAAAGAAACAAAUCUUGGUACUGAAAUUGGGUCUAAUACUGGGCAGGAGUUAAAGGAAGAUUCAUCAAAGUGUGUUUUGGAAUCUGGUAGAACAACUGAUAAUUUAGUACAAACUUCAGCAACAACGUCUGAUUCCAUCAAUGUUGAAACAACCACUACUAGUGUUGCCUCAUCAACAGUUUCUCAUGAAGAUAGCUUUUCAACUUUGGAUUCCUCUUCAACUAGAGGUGAACGUGUCAAUCGUCAAGGUGAUUCUGCAACAGAUUCUGGUACAUCCCACCUGGAACAAGCUCCUAUUCCAACUCAAGUUUCCUCUGAAGUGACUGCAAAACUUGAACGAAAGGAUAUUGAGAAUACAAAUGGUGGCCCAGUUUAUGCUGUAGUUUCAGGCUCCAAGGAUAAACCUGUUAUAGAAUUGAAUAGGGUCAAGAGUAUUACUAAGGGGAAGAAAAAGAGAAGAGAGAUUCUUAAGAUAGCAGAUGCUGCUGGGACAACUUCUGAUCUCUACAUGGCAUAUAAGGGUCCAGAAGAAAAGCAAGAAACUUCUGUUUCUUCAGAGACUGCAGACAGUACUCCCAGUGUUUAUUUGAAGCAGGCACAUGCAGGAGAUGGCACUGAGAAGGAUGCUAUAGCACAUGAAGAAGAUGGACAAAGUAAAGCUGAACCAGAUGAUUGGGAAGAUGCAGCGGACAUAUCCACACCCAAACUGAAAACCUCAGAUAGUGGGAAGCUUGUUUGUGGUGGUUCAAUGCAUCAAGAGGAAGAUGGAAAUGAUGUUAUGGGAAAAAAGAAAUAUUCUAGAGAUUUUCUAUUGACAUUUUCAGAGCAAUGUAAAGAUCUUCCUGUAGGUUUUGAAAUUGGAUCUGAUGUAGCUGAUGCUUUGUUGUGUGUUCCUGUUGGUACAGCCCACAUUAUUGAUCGUGAGUCAUAUCAGGGUUUUGGAAGAAUUAUAGAUAGGUCUUCUGGAGGACCGAAGCCUGAUCGUCGUGGAAGUGUUAUGGGAGAUGAUGACAAAUGGAGCAAGUCACCUGGUCCUUUCUCAUCAGGAAGAGACAUGCGCUUGGAUGUUGCUCCUGGAAGUGCUGCUGGAAAUUUUCGACCAGGUCAAGGCGGCGUUCACGGUGUUUUAAGGAACCCACGUGGCCAACCUUCCCCUCAGUAUGUUGGUGGAAUUCUCUCCGGUCCAAUGCAGUCUUUUGCACCUCAGGGAGGGAUGCAACGUAACAGUCCUGAUGCUGAUAGGUGGCAGCGUGCAACUGGUAUUCAAAAGGGUUUGAUUCCUUCACCUCAGACUCCUUUACAGGUAAUGCACAAAGCUCAGAAGAAGUAUGAGGUGGGUAAAGUGUCCGAUGAAGAAGACCGCAAGCAUAGACAAUUAAAAGCUAUACUUAACAAGCUAACCCCCCAAAACUUUGAAAAGCUUUUUGAGCAAGUCAAAGAAGUUAAUAUUGACAAUGCAGUCACACUUAGUGGUGUCAUCUCACAGAUCUUUGAUAAGGCCCUCAUGGAACCAACUUUCUGUGAAAUGUAUGCAAACUUCUGUUAUCAUCUUGCUGGUGAGUUGCCUGAUUUCAGUGAGGACAAUGAAAAGAUCACCUUUAAGAGAUUGCUUCUUAACAAGUGCCAAGAGGAAUUUGAGAGAGGGGAAAGGGAACAGGCAGAAGCUGAUAAAGUUGGGGAAGGUAAUGCUAAACUAUCUGAAGAGGAGAGGGAGGAGAAAAGGAUUCAGGCACGAAGACGGAUGCUUGGUAAUAUAAGAUUGAUUGGAGAGUUGUAUAAGAAGAAGAUGUUGACUGAGAGAAUAAUGCAUGAGUGCAUCAAGAAAUUACUUGGUCAACAUCAGAAUCCUGAUGAGGAAGAUGUUGAAGCUUUAUGCAAACUAAUGAGCACAAUUGGGGAAAUGAUAGAUCAUGCUAAGGCCAAGGAACAUAUGGAUGCAUAUUUUGACAUGAUGAUACAGCUGUCAAACAACAUGAAGCUAUCGUCUAGAGUGAGAUUCAUGUUGAAGGAUGCGAUUGAUCUGAGGAAGAACAAAUGGCAACAGAGGAGAAAAGUUGAGGGACCAAAGAAGAUUGAGGAAGUGCACAGGGAUGCAGCCCAAGAAAGACAUGCACAAUCUAGUAGACUUGCUCGUGGUGGUUCAGGAAUUAGUUCUUCAGGAAGAAGGGGGCAACCCAUGGAUUUUGGCCCACGAGGGUCAACCUUGUCUCCAAAUGCUCAAAUGGGUGGUUUCCGAGCAUUGCCAGUUCAGAAUCGUGGAUAUGGUGCCCAAGAUGUUCGGUCGGAGGAUAAGCAUCCAUAUGAAAGCAGGACAUUGUCAGUUCCUUUGUCACAAAGGCAGAUGGAUGAUGACUCUAUCACUCUUGGUCCCCAAGGUGGUCUUGCAAGGGUUAUGUCUAUCAGAGGACAGCCACUGAUUUCCAGUGUUCCAGUGCCUGAUAUUCUUCCUAGUUCUGGUGACUCCAGAAGAACGGCAGCUGGUCCAAAUGGUUAUGGUCCUGUAUCUGAGUGGACAAAUUAUAAUUUGAGGGAGGAACUCAUGCCAAGAUACAUUUCAGACAGGUUCAUGGGACCACCUGCUUAUGACCAAACAAGUUCACAAGAACGCAAUGCAUAUUCAGGGAAUCGGGAGUUAAGACCACUGGAGCGUUCAUUUGAUAGAUCUGCAGCACCUGCCACACAAAUGUCAGCAUCUUCUGCUGGCUCACAAGCUUCAGAAAAAGUGUGGCCUGAAGAACGUCUUCGAGACAUGUCCAUUGCAGCAAUUAGAGAGUUUUACAGUGCCAAGGAUGAGAAAGAGGUGGCUUUAUGCAUCAAGGACCUGAAUGCCCCAAGCUUCUAUCCAUCAAUGAUUUCAAUCUGGGUUACAGAUUCUUUUGAGAGAAAAGAUAUGGAGAGGGAUCUUUUAGCCAAGCUUCUGGUGAACCUCACCAAGCCUCGGGACGGCUUAUUGACUCAACUUCAACUAAUCAGAGGGUUCGAAUCUGUUCUGGCAACCCUGGAGGACUACAUUACGGAUGCCCCAAAAGCAGCUGAGUUUCUUGGUCGCAUCCUUGCCAAAGCGAUCUUAGAGAACGUAAUUCCGUUGAGAGAGGUUGGACGGCUAAUACAUGAAGGCGGAGAAGAACCAGGGCGCCUUCUGGAGAUUGGUCUUGCGUCAGAGGUUCUUGGCUGCACCCUUGAGAUAAUGAAAGUAGAGAAAGGAGAGUCGAUCUUGAAUGAGAUCCGAUCCAAUUUACGGUUAGAGGAUUUUCGACCCCCAGAUCCAAAAAAAUUAAGUAAAAAGUUGGAUGCAUUUCUUUAGAGGAGGACGGUGACGACGGUACCAACCAUUGUAAAAAUGGCAAGAAGAAAUCCAUGUCUAGGCUCUAGGGGCCUUCUGGGUUUUGCUCGGGGGUAUAUAUUUGGAUCAAUUCUUCGCCAUGGCCUAUUAUUAUUAUUAUUUUUCUUCAAUAGUUCUCUUAAAUGGCCAAGGUCCAAUUGAGCAUACAAAAUGGUGGCAGGUGGCGUGGCUUUACUUCACAUAUAUAGUUUUCUUUUCUUUUCUUAAACCAACCAAUAGAUUAUAGAAUACACUAGCACCUUGACGACUGCUGCAUUUUUGCUUACGCAAGUAUGCCAUUUGGGUUUUGAGA